ACGUGGCCGCAGACAUGAUGGUGUCAAGAAAGGCAGCAUUCAUCGGUCGACGCGCAUAUCACAUUUGAGCACCCAGGCCAGUGCAGAGGUGUGCUCGUAUCCCGGUUGCCGCUUGAUAUUCUCCGACGUGCCUAAACUUUUCUUCUUCCUUAGCUAUCAGCUUUUCUAAGCUGGUUUACUCCGACGGUCAAUUUUCCUUGACAGGCAAACGUAGGUGUUUGCUCCUAUUUGGCCUCCAGCCCCUCUAACUGCAGAGUUUUCGUCGUCCUUUCAUCUCGGCGAAUAGUAAUAACCUUGUUUGCCCCUAGGCCAAUUGGACCAUUGAUUUCCACGCGAAUUGCAGGUGAAGUGCAAAAUGUCAGGGGAAGAAGUCUUCCUUGACAGCCUGCUGCAAAUGGGUUUUCCUAAAGAGGAAGUGGAAAAGGCUCUCAGGGAAACUGGUUAUAGAGGUGUGGAACCAGCCAUGGACUGGCUCUUGCAUCAAGGUGGUGUAGAAGAUGGAGCACAGAAAAAAACCUCUCAAGAAGAGAGCACAAGUACACUGAAUGAGGCUUCUUCCUUGGACCAGGAGGAGGAGUCGAGUGAUCCCCCUGUUGCCAAGUCCAUUAAAUGCAAUCAAUGCAGCAAAUUGUUUGCCUCUCAAGCAGAAAUAGAGUUUCAUGCAGCCAAGACAGGUCAUUCUGAUUUCUCAGAGUCAGAGGAAGAAAAGAAACCUUUGACAGAAGAAGAGAAAGCGCAGAAGCUCCGGGAUAUUGAAGAUAAACUCAAGCAGAAGCGAAGGGAAAGAGAGGAAAAGGAAAAGCGGGAAGCUCUGGAAAAGGAAAAACAUCGUAUAAGGAUAGGAAAGGAAAUUUCUGAAGCCAAAAAACGGGUAGAUGAUGAAGAGAUGAGGAAGAUAGCAGAAGAAAGGAAGAGGGAAAAGAUGGAGGAUCGUCUUGCAAGGCAACGGGUUCUGGAUCAGAUUGAACGAGACAAGCAAGCAAGGAAAGAAAAGAUGAUGAAGUUGCAAGGAAGACUACCCCCAUCACAACUCCCUGAACCUCAACCAAGAGUGGCAUCUGAGCCUGCACCUAAAGACUACUUAGAGACAAAAUUACAGUUACGUCUUCAUUCAGGGGAGAACUUUGUGCAGACAUUUGGCAGCAAGGAAACCUUGUCUGCUGUAAGGUUAUUCCUGCAGAUGAAGAAACCUGAGCUUCAGACUCAACCAUUUCUCAUGAUGACCAAUUUUCCAAAGAGGAUAUUCAAUGAAGAUGACAUGCAAACACCUCUUAAUGCUUUGGACCUAGUGCCAUCUGCUGUGGUAAUGGUGAGGCUACAAUGAGAAAUACUGAGUGACAAACAAGACUAACACUUCAUCUGGCUCAUUUUCUUGUGAUAAGCAUCAUGAGAGACAAGAAAAAAUUACUACAGGAGUGCAGUGUGCCUGUUGAAAUGCAACUGUUACAACAAGUCCUGUCUUUGUUUGCCCAUCUGCAAUUCCUGGCUUUGUUUCCAGUCCCUUGGAGUAUAUUACUUCAUCCAGGAAUUGAUUUUUGUAUAUAUAAAAUUUCCAGCACUCAUCAUGAAGCUAUUGUUUGAGCCAUUCUUCAUAUAGUUUCUCAAGAACAAAAUGUGGUUGUGGAUUGGGGAACAUUAUGAAAGUUGCAUUCCUUUCAAUGCAAUAGCCAGUAUAUAGAGUGAAAAUAAUACCCCUU